GCACGGGCCAAGCGUGUAGGUGUUCAAUUGAGGCAUCGGAGCACAUGCAUGCAAGUGCUUUGUGGCUUGCCAUUGUGGCUCCCAUCGGCGCUGUGGCUUGUCGCGGGGGCCCCACCACACUUGCUGCAACUGUGCUAGGGAUCGUCUUGGGGAACGUGUGGAGGGGCAGCCACAUUCAAUCAGUGAUGUCAUGAACGCAAGACAAGCACGAGAUCGAUGUCAUCGCUCGAUUGACACAGGACGGAAAGCUUGUAGUGGGCGUAUUUAAAGACAGAGAGCUGCCGGUGAUUCUCCAAUAUUCAGUCCUUUUAGAUUCAUCUACAGUUGACUUGAUACUUGCCCACACCUCGGCACACUUACAAGCUACAAUAUACCUUGUCAUCAUGGCGGACAACAACAACAACAACAACAACAGCAACAACAGCCCAGAGCAACCGCAGAGCACCUCGCAGCCAGGUCUCAUCGGAAGCCACUACCAGUAUGUGAAGGGCGCCGCAGAGGCCACCGUCGGCGUUCUAACCAACUCCCCCGCCUGGAAAGCCUCGGGCGAGCAAGACAAGGCGGCAGGACUCGCGGCGCUGAAGAAGGUUGGCGAGCAGCGAAGCCAACACCCCGAACAGGGCUAUGGCAGGGUCGAGCAGAUGGCGGGGAAGAUUACUGGGUGUGAGGGAAUGAUGCGGGAGGGCGGUGCCAGCAUCAAGAAGAAGGACUAAGAGUCACGUUUCGAGUCUAAUGUUAAUGGGCGCGUGUAGGAUAAUUAUUUGGGAUGAUGCAAUUAAUAUUCGCCAUUUUCUUCUGCCUUUUCGGGCCACUGGC